ACAAAAACUAAGCAACUACAAUGUAACCGUAAGAUCACCGACCAAAUACGAAAACCACGAAAAAGCAUGGGUACCGCAACUCUACAUAAACACUUACAAAACCAGACCCAAGUAUGAAGAAUCUAGCUUUUGUUCGUGAUUGUAAUCUGCAAAUUCCACUUAAUUAACAAAUCAAGUAAUCCAGAGCCUAAUUUAAUAGAAGUUAAAAAUAAAACAAGAUGGGUAAACCCAAGCACGACCCGCCAACCCCUACGUUCCCCUACAAGAUAUCAAAACGCUUGAACCUCAUGAGCAUACCUCGGCCUUGGUUCACUGUGUCCGACGAGGGUAAGCCGGCCUACACGCCGAGCGGCAUCAGGGCGUCGGCGCUCCGCGGCCGGGGGACAGAGCGGGUCUAUGAAGCUGCUUGGCCUUAUGUGCGCCGCUUCCUCCUCAUCAAACGCAUGUACAAACACAUGUUCUCCGCCGAGCGUCUCGAGCGUAUCGACCGCAUGAUGGAGUUGGCAAACAGCACGGCCUACUCCAAGCUGGCUGGCUGCGUCAUGGACCUCAAGUCGAAGGACAAGAAGGACCCGAAGAAGAAGAAGGGGUGGAGCGAGACGGAUUGGAAGAAACAUAUGGACUACAUCUCGCAGAUCUCGAAGCCGAGGAAGGACUUUACUGUGGAGGUUCCUAGGCGAGGAGAGAGGCGAAAGUUGGAAGAAUUGCUGCCUCGCAUCAACAUUAUGGCUGCGCUGCCCGAUUUCAAGGUGUACCGUCGGCCCUCGCAGGAGUCAAGCUACAGGGAUCCUACCAAGGUACCGCCAAAGGCCCUCAAGUACGUCAUCUCUGAACGAGUUAAGUUUCUGGCCAAGGCCCGAGCAGUACCGCAGGGCUGAGCAGGAUAGCAUGUACGGAAUGUGAAGAAGAGUAAAGGAGGUGGCAGCAAGUGAUACCGACUAGCAACA